UAUCAGUCUGUCCCUACCUGUCCUCUCCUCACCCCCCCCCCCCCCCCCUCCCUAAUUUUAGGGUCCGUGCGAUUUUUUGCAACACAAACAUGCAUCAUCAACAGCGGAUGGCGGCGCUGGGAAGCGACAAGGAGCUGAGCGACCUGCUGGACUUCAGCGCGAUGCGAAACAGCGAUUUGAAAAUGUUCCCACCAUCCAUGAUGUUUUCCCCUCCCGUUAGCAGUGGAAAGAACGGGCCGACCUCCCUGGGGAGCGGACAUUUCUCCGGCUCAAAUAUGGAGGAGAGAAGCAGCGCAGGCUCAUGGCCGAGUGGCAGCCGCUCUUCCAAGAAUUAUGCAGACGGGUCGCAGUACAUGGCGUCACACGACAGCCUGUCACCUCCGUACGCCGCCUCCAGCCGGCUCACAGGUAAAACAGAGAGGAGCUCCUACUCGUACGGCAGAGAGUCCAACCCGCACUGCCACCAGUCGGCGCUGGGUGGCGAGAUGGGUUUGGGGAGUCCCGGCGCUGCGUCGCCCACCAAGCCGGCCGGUCACUACUACCAGCACUACGGCUCCAACCCGCGGCGGAGAGCGCUGCCUAUGGACGCCAUGGAGGUUCACCCAAAGAAAGUGCGGAAGGUCCCUCCCGGCUUGCCGUCCUCAGUGUACGCUCCGUCUGCCAGCACGGCAGACUACAACAGGGACUCACCGGGCUAUCCCUCCUCCAAGCCCCCCAGCGCCGGCUUCCCAAGCUCCUUCUUCAUGCCAGACGGUCACCACAGCGGCGACCCCUGGAGCAGCAGCAGCAGCAGCAUGGGCCAGCAAGGUUACCACGGCAGCAUGCUGGGGGGCGGGAACUCGUCCCACGCCGCCUCCCAGAGCUCCUCCUACUGCGGGAUUCACCCCCAUGACAGAUUGAGCUACCCGUCACACUCGUCUGCAGACAUCAACUCCAGCCUCCCCCCCAUGUCCAGCUUCCACCGAGGGGCGGGGGGAGGAGGGGGCGGGGGCAACCACUACAGCACCGCCUCGUGCACCGCCUCCACCAAUGGCACAGAAAGCAUCAUGGCUAACCGAGCGCCGAGUGCAGCGGCCAGCAGCUCUCAGACAGGAGACGCCUUAGGGAAAGCACUUGCAUCCAUCUAUUCUCCGGACCACACAAACAACAGCUUCUCAUCCAACCCUUCCACCCCAGUGGGCUCCCCGCCCUCCCUCACAGUUGCCAGUUCAGCUGUCUGGUCGAGGAACGGCGGACAAGGAGCAUCGUCUCCGAACUACGAGGCUCCGUUACACUCGCUGCAAAGUCGCAUCGAGGACCGCCUGGAGCGCUUGGACGAUGCCAUCCACGUGCUGCGGAGCCACGCGGUGGGACCGUCGACGGGUGUGCCCGCCGCCCACGGCGACAUGCACAACCUCAUCGGCGCCGCGCACACGCACAACGGCGCCAUGGGCGCUCUGAGCAGCGGGUACGGGUCGGGUCUGCUGUCGGCCAACAGACACCUCAUGGUGGGCUCUCACAGAGAAGAGGGCAGCGGCGUGGGCCCUCUGCGCGGCGGGCACUCGAUGGCGGGCCAGGGGGCGGGGCCUCAGCUGCCGGUCCAGUCGGCCACAUCGCCGGACAUCAACCAGUCCGACCCGUACCGCGCGCUCUCUGGAGGCCUUCAGGGCCAGAGCACCUCCUCCGUCAGCUCCGAGAUCAAGUCGGAGGACGAGGGGGACGAAAAUCUCCUGCAGGACCCAAAGUCCAUGGAGGCCAAGAAGGAGGACGGCGACAGCAAGGACCUGAAAUCAAUUGAGAGCAACAACGACGACGAGGACCUGUCUCCGGAGCAGAAGAUGGAGCGAGAGCGGGAGCGCAGGAUGGCGAACAACGCACGGGAGCGCCUGCGUGUCCGCGACAUCAACGAGGCGUUCAAGGAGCUGGGCAAGAUGGUGCAGCUGCACCUGAAGAGCGACAAACCCCAGACCAAGUUACUGAUCCUCCACCAGGCCGUGGCCGUCAUCCUCAGCCUGGAGCAGCAAGUGCGAGAGCGGAACCUGAAUCCCAAACCCGCCUGUCUGAAGCGCCGCGAGGAGAAGAAGGGCGCCGUGUCAGCGGACGAGGCUCCCCUCUCAUUGGCCGCAGCGCACCAUGCCAUGAGCGACGCGUCAAACCCGCUGGGACAAAUGUAA